GGUUGUUAAUGUUGAUUUCUCCUCUCUUCACUCCUCCUUUUUCUAAUUCUAAUUUCCUAUGAUGUUUUCAGCAUAUAAGGGUACAUUGAGAUACUUAAAUCAUAGAAAAAUGCUAAGUAGGUGUUAAAGCAUAAUUCCACAGGGCAAUAUAUUAUGGGUGCAUAUCUACUCAAACAUGGGGAAUUUUAUCUCAAGUGAAGAGAUACAUAUGCAUGCUUAUGUUUCACAUGGACUGUAUUAUAACUGAACAGCUAGAGAAGAGCAGUGCAACAUCUAUAUAUAGACUCAUGUACUUAAUGUACUCAUGUACUUUUUACCUCCCAUCAUCAUCAUCAUCAUUUUGAUUUUUUAUAUCUUGGUAAAUCCUAGGAACUCUUUCUACAGGGUCAGAUGCUUUUGUGAAGAGGAAAAAGGCUCGCUCCAUCCUUCCUCUCAGCACAUCUAUGGACCACAGGUCAAAAGAAGAACUGCACCAGGACUGUUUAAGAAUUGCGACUUUCUUACAUGCAAAAGAUUUGAAGGAAGAUUUGACAUCUUUUUCAAAGGAUCCUGUCCAUUUGGGACUAUUCACAGAUAGACCUGCCCUGUACAAAAUGAUGGAAGCAGAAGGAAAAAGCCACUUAGAGAAUGGACACUCAGAGUUAUUUCAACAGCUCAUGUUGUGGAAAGGAGACUUGAAAGGUGCUCUUCAAUCAGCUGCUGAGAGGGGUGAGCUAACAGAUCAGCUAGUGGCCAUCUCACCCAUGGCUGGCUAUCAAGUCUGGAUGUGGACUGUGGAAGCUUUUGUCAAGCAGCUUUGUUUUCAAGAGCAGUAUGUCAAGGCUGCCUCCCAUCUCCUCUCUCUCCAUAAAGUAUAUGAAGCUCUGGAGCUGUUGAAAUCACAUAAUUUUUUCAGGGAAGCCAUUGUAAUUGCCAAGGCUAGAUUACGGCCUGAAGAUCCUGUCCUGAAGGACCUGUACACUAGCUGGGCAGCAGUGCUAGAGAAAGAUGGCCAUUAUUCCAUGGCAACCAAAUGUUACCUGGGAGCAGCUUCCCCCUAUGAUGCAGCCAAAGUGCUGGCUAAAAAAGGAGAUACUGCUUCUCUCAAAGCUGCUGCUGAGGUGGCUCUGAUAGCGGGGGAAAGAGAUCUCUCUGUGACGUUCUCCUUCAGGUGUGCCCAAGAAUUUCUGUCUUCCAAGAACUGGGUUGGGGCACAAGAGGUCCUCCAGCAGCAUGAGAGCUUAUUGGGGCAUAGAUUGGUAUUCUGUCUUAAUGAAUUGCUUCACAAGUGCUUGAAUGAAAGGAAUUUCGUGGAAGCCAGAGGUCCAUCCACUCCUUGCUACCACAGCUGGUCAGUGAAGCAAGAUGGCUCUUUUGCAGAAAUGGUGAUUGGUGUAUGGCAGAGUAUAUUUGGUGUGAAUACUGUGGAACAGUCACAGGACAUAUUUGAACAGCUGAGAACUGUUGAGUAUCCUCCUACAACUACCAACACUCAUCCCAGGCAGCUCUUGUUCCAUAUUUCUCAUGAUCUGACCCUAGCCCUUUUGAGCAUUCAGACUUCUUCCUGGGAGGAGGCAGUGGAAGCUAUUCUUGGAGCGGUGACACGCAGCUUUGAUGCUGGAAACUUUAGUCUCAUGCAAGAUAUCUGCAGUCUUCUUUUUCCUACAGGAUGUGAUCAUCUGAGAUAUAACCUGGACCACACAGACUUGCAGAGCAUGGCAGCUCUCCAAAGUUUAGAGGCAUUUGUGGCUUAUGGGCAGCUGUAUGACCUGUGGUGGAAUCCACCUGGCAUUUCUGCCUCAAAGCAAUUGGGACUACUUUCUGAGGCUUGCUCUCCUGUGCAGUCUUUGCUUAGCCAAAACAAUACCAAAGUGGACUCUUCAUUUGAAGAAACUGCAGUUGAGGCCAAAAUCAAGGUUCACUCAGAUCCACUGAGUAAUGAUGCUACCUCAAAGACUGACCCAGCAGCCAUGUCAGGCCUAUCUGUAGAAAGAGAAGUGAAGCUCAAGGCCUGUAGAGUGCUCCUUUCAGCAGACCAUGCUGCAGUCCAGAGUAUACAGAGGGAUAUUUCUCGAGUUCAGCAGACUUUGGCAGACAUGAUCUGUCAGCAUCAGAAAAACAACUUCCACCAAAGUGCCACCUCUGAACAGGCUUUAGAGUCUGCAUCUCCAUCAGACCAGAUUCAGAGUAAAGACCAAGUGAAUGAACACAUUUCUCUACCAGAUCUGACAAAACAACUUACAGAAGCUAAUAAAAAGUUAGCAGAGUUUCCUGAGACUAUAAAGGCCUUCCGUUUCCCUGAUGUAAUGGAGUGCUCUCUUGUUUUUCUUCACAUGGGGGGUCAUGUGUCCAUCAUUCCAGAAUUACAGCAACAGUCAUUAGCCCUACUUAAUAAAUACAGUGGAACUCACAUAUGCAAAGAAGCUUGCAAAAAGUUCUUUUCAUGA